AUGGCGGAGCGUCCAGCGUUGGCUGGAGACGUCGGCCUGCAGGACGUCCUGAGAGGACGUGGGACGGACGGAGAUCAGAGGACGAAGAGCAACAUGAUCCGAGUCUUCAUCAGCUCCACGUUCUCAGAUAUGAGCAGCGAGAGGAAAGCUCUGCUGGACAACGCUUACCCAGAAGUCCUUGCGUUCUGUCGUAGUCGGGGACUGGUGUUCGAGGUGGUGGACCUGCGUUGGGGGAUCCGGAGCGUCCCGUCUGGAGACCACGAGGUCUCCGAGACCGUCCUGGAGGAGCUGGACCGCUGCCGGAGGACUUCAGCCGGUCCGGCGUUCACCGGUCUCCUGGGGAACCGGUACGGCGAGCGUACCCUCCCCCGCCGCGUCCCGGAGACGCUGUUCCAGCUCCUUCUGUCCAAACUGUCCAAGAACCGCGAGGGCGCCGCGCUGCUGACGCGCUGGUUCCUCCGGGACGACAACGCCGUCCCCCCCGCCUACGUGCUGCAGCCAAUCACGGCUCACCGCCCCCCCGACGCCGCCGCCGCGCUCGGCUGGCGGGACGCGGAGACGACUCUGCUGCAGCUGCUCCGCUCCGCCGCCACCGCGGGGGGGGGGGUCACGGCCGAGCAGAAACAGGAACUCCUCACAUCAGUCCUGGAGCGGGAGCUGGACCGCGGUCUGCUGGCGGGCGCCGGCGACCCAUCGGCGCUCUUCGUGCGGGAGAUCCCCCGCCAGCGGGCGCGCGACGGCCCCCGGCGCCUCGCCCGCCUCCUGGACCUGGGCGGCGGCGCCGGCGGCGUGCUGGACGCCGAGGCCCGGCGGCUCCUGGGCGCGCUGCGGUCCCGCCUCCUCGCCGCGCCGCCCGCCUGGCUCCGCCUGCACAGCGUGGAGCUCAGCAAGGGGGGCGUGGACGCCACGCGGCGAGACCACGCCCAGUACCUGGACGCCGUGUGCCGGGAGUUCGUCUCGCAGAUGAAGGCCGGGAUCGCCACGGCAACGGAGGCCAGGCGGGGGGGGGCGCCGUGGGGGAGCGUCGCCGACGAGAAGACGGAAACCUCAGACGGCGUCGGGGCGGACGCCAGCGGCACAGACGGGCUUCUGGAGGGGCUUCUGGGUAACUUCUGUGGCAGAGAGGGGCUUCUGGGUAAACUGUGCUGUGCCAUAUGGGAGUCCACCAACGUGCACCACGGCCCGCUGGUGGUGCACGGCGCCGCCGGCGCGGGGAAGACGGCGCUGCUGUGCCGGCUGGCGGCGGAGGUGCGUGGCGUCCUGGUUGCCGGGGCGACGGUGGUGGUGAGGCUGCUGGCGGCGCGGCAUCCUCACAGACCCGACGUCCACCAGGUGCUCCGCGGCGUCUGCCUCCACAUCUGCCUGGCUGCCGGUUUGACCCCGCCCCCCUCGCUGCGGGCCGCCACGCUGCCCGGAUGUCUCCGGGACGUCCUGGCGGAGGUGUCCCGGCGGGGGGGGACGCUGCUCAUCGUGCUGGACGCCGUGGAUCACCUGUCAGACCGCCACGUCGCUCACAAGCUCCGCUGGCUGCCCGCCGUCCUGCCGCCCAACGUGCACCUGCUGGUCUCCAUGGAUACCGACAGCGAGGCGUUCGCCAACAUGCGCCUGAACUGCAACAAUUUGGCGAGGUUCUUCGAGGUGGAGCGCCUGUCUGCAGACGAGGGGCGGCGCAUCGCGGAGUCGAACCUGCGGUCGUCGCGGCGCACGCUGACGGCCGAGCAGAGCGCCGCCGCGCUGCGGAGCUUCGAGUCCACCGGCUCGCCGCUGCACCUCCGGAUGAUCCUGUCGGCCGCCGGGCGCUGGGCGUCCUUCACGCCGCUCGCGGAGACGCGCCUCGGCGCCAGCACGCAGGAAAUGAUGUCACAGCUGUUCCUGUCGCUGGAGGAGAACCACGGGAAGGAGCUGGUGGGGGGGGCGCUGGGGUACAUCGCCUUGGCGAGGGAAGGUCUGCUGGAGGCCGAACUGCGUGACAUCAUGUCCCUGGAUGAUGACAUCAUCAGCGGGGUGUACAGGGACUCCCUCCCUCCGACGCCCUCGCUGAUCCGGCUGCCCCCCCUCCUCUGGGCGAGACUCAGACGGGACAUCGAGGACCUGCUGGAGGAGCGCUGGACGCACGGGGUCGCCGCCCUCGCCUUCAACACCCGGCGUCUGUCCGAGGCGGUUUCAGCUCGUUAUCUGACAUCGGAGCGCCGGGGGCGGAGCCUCAGGAUCCUGGCCGAGUACUUCCUGGGUCGGUGGUCCGGGAGACUGAAGCCUGUGGCUCUGCCGGGCCUGACGCUGCUCCUGGCUGACAGAAAGGUCCCGCCCCAGCCACUGUGGUUUGCUCCAGGAUUGGCCAACGUCAGGAAGCUCCAGGAGCUGCCGUAUCAUCUGCUGCACGCCGGUCUGUGGGACGAGCUGCGACAGGAAGUCAUCGGCAGCGCUGAGUGGCUGUUCUGUAAGAGCCGGCUGUGCGGCUUGUCCAGUGUGAUCCAGGACCUGGACCAGUGCUCCCAGUACCUGGACUGCAGCGAGACCAGUCUGAUCCGAGACGCUCUGGUCCUCAUCGAACCCAGCCUGGACCUGCUAGACACUCACAUGGACAUGGCUCUGUUCUACACCGAGCUGUUGGCCAGACUCUGCUCCUUGGCCACGCCCUUCCCGUCUCUGAUUGGCCGGCUGUGCAGCCAUUGUGAGGAGUGGCUACUGACGAGUCCCGAUCCCAGCCUCGUCCCGAAGUGCAGCUUCCUGCCGCCGCCGGGGGGGGCGCUGCACCACACACUGACCGGGCUGCAGGGAGGUGUGCUGUGUGUGGACGUGGGCGUGGAGGCGGAGCUUCUGGUUGCGGGUUCAGACGCCGGCGUGGUGGCGGUCUGGAGCCUCGCCGACAUGCAGGUGCUGCACCUGCUGCUGGGACACACAGGUGCGGUUUUGUCGGUGAAAGUGAUGGCUAGCUCCGCCCGCUGCCUCUCAUUGGCCGCCGACGGCUCCCUGAGGGGGUGGAGCCUGGCGGACGGCCAACAGCUGCUCUGCGUCCAGGAGGCGCUGCCCAUUGACUCCGCCCCUUCCUCCGUGCACCUCCACCUGUCCGAUCAGCUGAUCUUUGUUUACACCAGGACACAGGUGAAGGUGUUGAAGCUGGACGGGGCGGAGCUCUUCAGCAGCAGCUAUAAAGAUGGCGGCUCAGAGGUCCUGGGAGUUCUGGGAGAAUCUGUAGUUUCUCUGCGUGCGUCCGGUCUGGUGAGAAUAUUUCACCCUAUCGAUGGGAGUCAGACCGUGGAGACUCGGCAGGGGACGUCCCAGAGACGACUGACUGUCCUGAGAUCGGUGACGUUACCGCGACGCGGGAAGGUGUUCGUGGUUUCUAAAGCCGGAUUCCUCCAUCAGAUUUCCAAGACGGGCAAAUGGACAGCCAACAAGUUUCCUCUGGUUCCUUCUCUGCUUUCAGUCACUGAAGAUGAAAAAAUACUGUUGGCAGGAAGUGAUCACACUCUGAGCCUUUUUAACAUCGAAAGAAGCUCAGUGGACGGAUUCCUGGACCUCCAACACGACGACAGCGUCCUGUCGGCCUGCGUCUCGUCCGACGGCCGGCUGCUCGUCUCCGGAGCAGCCGACCAGCUCAUACGGGUAACAGCGUCACAUUCAGGAACCAACCAAUGGACUAGUAGAUCAUAG